UUUGAGCUUCUUUGACAUGAUUAACCUUUCUUUGUAUGUGUUGCAGUUUACUGGUACAACAAGCCAGAAGAGUCUUUUAUUCUUCACAUAUCGUUCUGUAAUGUUGUCUGUGUUGCAGCCAAAGGCUAAUAUUACCACUUAUUUGCAGUAUCUACCAUCACAUGAGCUAAUGUUUUUUAGCAUGUUAUCUGUGGGAUCAAGCUGCUCUUUCUUCUACAUUAACAGUGUUUUGCUGUUCACCCUGAGGUCAAAGCAGGUGUUCUGUGAGACAUCCCGUUACAUCCUGCUGUUCAACCUGCUCCUUGCAGACACUGCUACACUGGUGUCGAACCUUCUGCUCUACAUUCUGGCUUUUUUAGGGCUAAGAAUUUCAUAUUAUGCAUGUGGUCCCCUCAUUCUGCUCUCAGUUUUAACUGUCACCAUCUCCCCUCUCACCUUGGCUGUGAUGUCAUUUGAGAGAUUUGUGGCUGUGCGCUAUCCUCUGAGGCAUGCUGCCAUCUUUACCAUGAGAAGCCUGAGCAUCAUCAUUGCUCUGGUGUGGGCCUUCAGUUUUAUUCACAUCCUCAUUCGAGUUUUUAUGCUGUUAUAUGUGUUCACAACAACCUCCCUUGAUCUGCAAAUGAAUGACUUUUGCAGUAAGGAAGCAAUGUUUUUUGCACCAAUCUUUAAUGAUUUUGAGGAAGCAUAUUCCAGCAUUCUCUUCCUGUCAGUUGGUGCUGUAAUCUUUGCCUCCUACAUUGGUGUAGUUCUGGUAGCCAGGUCUGCUUCAACAGACAAAGCCUCAGCUAGAAAGGCUCUUCAAACACUUCUGCUUCACCUGAUUCAACUGAGCCUGAUUCUUACAUCCACCUUGAGCUCCACCAUUUUAACAUCCAUUGCUAGAAGAGUAGGUAGAUUAACCCUCAUGCGGAUUUACAAUGUAUGCUUUGUGUGCCUGACUAUCCUUCCAAGAUGUCUGAGUGCUCUCAUCUAUGGGCUCAGGGAUCAAACCAUCAGGCCUGCCCUCAGGCAAAAUCUGUGCUGUCGAUGGAGAUGCUCACUUUUCCGAAACAAGAGCCACUGA